GAAUUCAAGGAUACUACUAAUGGUUCCCGCACAUCUUUAACACACCUUAACAAUUGGCUGACGUCUUGGAAAACCAUACUGACUGGAGUCACUAUUUUGAUCGUGUUACUAGCUGUGGUGUGGUCUAACACAGACUGCUACCAGCUGGGACUCUGCCACUCAAAGAGUCUGCCAUCUGUGAGUCAUUUUGUCGGUCGAGAGGAAGACAUUCGCAACAUCACUGGCUACCUUGACUUCUACACCUCAGAUGUUCAGGUAGUUCACAUUGUUGGACCUCCUGGGUUCGGUAAAUCCACUUUGGCCUUGAAAAUUGGGGAAACAUUCUUACGGAAAUGGGUCAGUGUUUAUUAUGUAGAUGUUGGUCAAAAAGUGGUUAGAGAUAUAGAUAGUCUUGCUGAGAAGAUUGUACUCAGUAUGGUUGAGUCCCGUAAGACUAAGGUAACAUUCAGUGAUUUGGAGGAAAAGAUACAGAAGCAAUAUUCUAAAGCACUAAUAAUA